CUUUGAAAGAAAAAAAAGUCCAUCCCUACCUCCUUUCCUCUUCUUCCUUUUAUAUAUAUAUAUAUAUCUUACUUUUUACCUGAAUAUAGUGUUCUUGUGUAGCAGAAAAAGAGGUUGUAUACGCCAGACUUUCCUCGAUUAAAGAAUUUUAGGUGUAGCAGGAAAAGAGGUGUUGUUUCUAAAUAUUGGCCAAAUUAACAAGUUGAUAUGUCUCUACAACCUCAUGAUGAUCCAACAAACAUUGAAGAUCAACAACAUAUCAGUAAAAAUUCUCAAGAGAAAUUUCCCUGUCAUGAUCCACCUGAAUCAUUUUGGCUUUCUAAAGAUUUAGAAAGAGAUUGGUUUGAUCAAAAUGCAGCCAUGCAAAGAAAAACUUCAAUGAAAUUUGCAUUUUCUGGGAAAGCAAAUAACAAAAAUUCCAAAAUUUUAUCUCACAAUAAUCAAAAUCCAUCACUUUUUUCCAUUCCCAAGAUUCAAAAAUCUUUCUCGGGGGUAGGAAAUCCCAGUCGGAUCAACAACAAGGCGGCGAAAUCGAAAUUCCGGUUCACUAGAAGCCGGUCUGAACCGGGAAGAAAGACAUUGAGGCAAGUGUUGGUGUCUGAACCGGGUUCACCAAAAGUGUCUUGCACAGGAAGAGUUCGCCGGUCCAAGUCAAAGAAAGAGAGUAGGACAAUAAGAACCGGGUUUUGGAAAAAGGUGAGAUCGGCUUUGAAAAUCCGAUCCGGAGAAAACGAAGGGGGUAGUGUACGGACUGCUGAACUCGAGGGGUACUCUGGUUCAGCAGUCCUAAAGCGAUCGACGAGUCGUCGAUGGUAAGAGUCAUAAAUUUUUAUUCUAUAUAUUUAAAUUAAACUUGUUUUUGGCAUGUUGAAUUUUAAAAAAGAAAUUGUACCUUUUUUAUAUAUUUUAUGAU